AUGGCUAAGGCGGCGGGGACGGGGGGGGCGGCGGCGGCGGCCCCUAUUUAUAGAGGCGAGACGCGCGCUGAUUGGUUCGCUGCCGAGUCCUGCCCGCCGCCGGCGCCCGGGCGCUCUCCACCGCUCGGCUUGUGUUUCUUCCUGCUGAAAAAAACUAAAAAAGUGUCCUACUCCAUCUACGUGUACAAGGUGCUGAAGCAGGUGCACCCGGACACGGGCAUCUCUUCCAAGGCCAUGGGCAUCAUGAACUCCUUCGUUAACGACAUCUUCGAGCGCAUCGCCGGCGAGGCGUCGCGCCUGGCGCACUACAACAAGCGCUCGACCAUCACGUCGCGGGAGAUCCAGACGGCCGUGCGGCUGCUGCUGCCCGGCGAGCUGGCCAAGCACGCCGUGUCCGAGGGCACCAAGGCUGUCACCAAGUACACCAGGUGCCAGGGUCUCUGGCUGAGCCACAGUGCGGACCGAGCAGACUGUACAGAAGUCAACGAGUGGCAAAGUGUCCUGCAAGCAGUUGGCCACUAA